AUGCACAGUCUAUCGAUCUGUUUCUAUCUAUCUAUCUAUCUAUCUAUCUAUCUAUCUAUCUAUCUAUCUAUCUAUCUGCUUCAGUGUAUCUAUCUUUCUUUUUUUAUAUAUCUCUCAAUCUGUCUGUCUGUCUAUCUACCUGUUUCAGUUUUUCUAUCUAUCUAUCUAUCUAUCUAUCUAUCUAUCUAUCUAUCUAUCUAUCUAUCUAUCUAUCUAUCUCAUUCUGUUCCUAUCUAUCUAUCUAUCUAUCUAUCUAUCUAUCUAUCUGUUUCAGCGUUUCUAUUUCAUUGUUUCUAUCUAUGUUUAUCUAUCUGUUUCAGUUUUUCUAUCCAUUUCAGUGUUUCUAUCUAUCUAUCGAUCGAUCGAUCGCACGAUCUAUUUCCUUAUUUGUUUGUUUGUUUCUUUCUUUCUUUCUUUCUUUCUAUCUAUCUAUCUAUCUAUCUAUCUAUCUAUCUGUUUCAGUGCUUCAAUCUAUCUAUCUAUCUAUCUAUCUAUCUAUCUAUCUAUCUAUCUAUUUCAGUGUUUCUCUCUAUCUAUAGGAUGAAAAUCUAUCUAUCUAUCUAUCUAUCUAUCUAUCUAUCUAUCAUCUAUCUAUCUAUCUAUCUAUUUCAGUCUCUCUAUUUCAUUGUUUCUAUCUAUCUGCCUAUCUAUUUCAUUUUGACGGAGUUAUUUUUAAGACCCCAUAUAACAAAUGUCAAAAUACAAUGA